AAAUGAAGCUAAAAGUAACUGUUGCUAAAAAUAAUUAUCAUAAAGCUGCUGUAACGUGUUUAAGUUGGAGUACAACUGAAGAAGUUUAUUCGGCAGGUGAUGAUAACCAAUUGUUAUGUUGGAACGUUUCAAAUAACGAAGCAAUUAAGGUCACCGAUUUCAAAGCAGAGCUGCUUCCAACCGAUUUACAUUUUUUGCCUCGAAUUGGGGGAGCUUUAGGAAAACACGGAGAUCUGAUAUUAAUCACUUCAACAGAUGGCAAAUUUCAUAUAGUUAAUAAAUCUGGAAGAAUUGAACGAUCUGUUGAGGCUCAUAAAGGAGCUAUUUUAUCUGGACAAUGGAGUAAUGAUGGAUCAAGUUUGUUAACAGCUGGAGAAGAUGGAUUUAUAAAAAUAUGGUCUCGUUCUGGUAUGUUGAGGUCUACAAUAGUUUCAAGUGAUUUCUCAGUUUACGGGGUUAGUUGGUCACCGGAUAAUCAAUCAAUAGUUUAUACAAGCGGUAAAUUCAUUGUGAUUAAAAAUUUAGCACCGAAUACAAAACCUCAUAAAUGGAAAGCUCAUGAAGGUAUUACAUUAUGCCUAUCAUGGAGUUCCUCAUCCGAGUUAAUUAUAUCAGGAGGAGAAGAUUGCAGAUACAGAGUAUGGGACAACCAAGGGAGACAAUUAUUUUCAAGUAACUUACAUGAUCAUCCUAUAACCUCUAUGGCUUGGUCCCCAAAUGGGGAUCUUUUCGCGGUUGGUUCUUAUAAUACUUUACGUCUUUGCGAUCGCUCAGGGUGGUCUCAAUCGCUUGAAAAACCAUCAACGGGUUGUAUUUAUAAAAUAUCGUGGUCUAGUGAUGGAACUCAACUUGCUGGGGCUUGCGCUAACGGCCACGUUUUAUUUGCACACAUCGUAGAGCGACAAGUUUCUUACUUAAAUUAUGUAGCAACCGUAACUGAACGAAAAGUUGUGGUGGUUAAAGACGUUUUAAAUGAUGCAACAGAAGUUUUAGAUCUUCCCGAAAGAGUUAUUCAAAUGUCACUUAGAUAUAAUCACUUAGUUUUAACAACACCCAUACAAUGUUAUAUUUAUGCCACUGUAAAUUGGAAUACCCCAACUAUUUUUGAUUUAAAAGAUGGGUGUGUUAUUUUAUUGCUAUUAACUGAAAAGCAUUUUUUAUUGGUUGAAAAAACCACCGUGGGUCUUUAUAAUUAUCAAGGUAGAUUAAUAGCAUCGCCAAGAUGGCCAAAUAUGCGUUUGGAUAACAUUCGAAAUUGGCAAAUAUCUUUAUCGCCGGAUGUAUUGGUGAUUAGGGAUGCUUCCGACACUAAAUUGAUUCACAUCGUGGAUAUAACAUCAAAUAGAAGUAUGAUGGAACAGUCGUCUACUAUCCAACAUUCAAAUCAAGUACUACAAAUAUCAUUAAAUCAAUCAGGAGGUGCCGGAAAUAGAAUUAUGGCCGUUUUAGAUAAAAAUAAAGAUGUUUAUGUUAUAUCGAUCAAAUCACAACAUAAAACAUUUUCUAAAUUAGGUGGUCAAAUUCAAGGUUUCCAAUGGAAUUCGGAUGAAAAUAUGUUAGCAGCUAUACAAGACACACAUUUAGUGGUUUGGUAUUGCCCGUCGGCUUGUUUUGAAGCGACGUUAUUAAGAAUGUGCUCUUUCGUUUACGAUUCAUUAGAACUUAGUCGUAGUCCGAAAAUCAAUGAUUUCGUUGGGAAUUCAGUUUCGAUUCGGCGUUCAGACGGUUCUUUAUUAAACGUUCCUAUUUCACCUUUUCCGGCGUUAUUACACAGAUAUAUUCAAGAUGGAAAAUGGACGGAUGCUUUAAAUAUAUGUAGAACUACGGAAGAUGUAGCUUUAUGGACUUGUUUAGCCGUUUUGGCAACUCAAUCUCAAAGCGCGGAUACGUUAGAUGUUGCUGAAGAAGCUUAUGCGGCUAUUAAUCAAUUCGAUAAAGUUUUUUAUAUCCAACAUUUAAAAGAAAUGCCUACAAAAGCUCAACAAUUAGCUGGUGCGGCUUUAUUGGGGGGUUCUUUGCAAACUGCUGAGUCUAUAUUGAUACAUAACGGAAUGGUUUAUCAAGCUAUAUUAAUAAAUUUGCAAUUAUUUAAUUGGGAUCGUGCUUUAGAUUUAGCGACAAAACAUAAAAGUCAUAUUGAUACUGUGUUGUAUGUGAGACAAAGAUAUUUGGAUAAAAUUCAAAAACAAGAAGUAAAUGAGAAGUUUGUGAAAUUGAGGAAUUCGGUAAAUAUUGAUGAAGAAAAGAUUAAGUUGAAAAUGGAACAAGAAAAUAAUAAUUUUAAGAACUAAAAAUUACUUUUGCUUUUUUUUCAGCGAUAUAUUAAAUGCAUUAAUUAUGAAA